CCAUAUGCUCUCUCUUUCUCUUUCUUUAAACACUAUAAGAGGUACCCCUUAUUAUUCAAGUCUUCGUUCAACCAUCCCCGCCCCCUUUUUCUGAACAACUUUUUCUUUAUUUCCAUACCCCACCAUCGAUAGUUCAGUCAUCGUUUACUCGGUCCUCCUUCGCACACAGUCAACCAGUUUAGGUGACAAUUGAAAAUCAAAAUCAUAAUCAAAAAUCCCCAUGUUUCAAUCUCAUAACCCUCUUUCCUAGAACCAUCAAUUUCUUAUUAUUUUAGUUUCGGAAAUUCAUACCAUGUUAGAAGAAGACGACACCCAUUCACCUUCACCAACACCAACACCAACACCACCACCACAGCUGCCGCCGGCAGCCGGAGACACCCGGAAGAUAUACUCCAGGUCAGUCUCAUGGGCUGCCGGAAAAGCGAGGGCCAGUUUGCCCCCACUUCAGCCGCUUUCAGUUACCAGGCCCAAGGCCCAAGAGUGGCCCACUGCAGGCUCUGAUGAUCUCGGUGUGUGGCCCAAUAUCACCGCCACCUGCACCACCCCCGGUGCUAGAGCGAGUGCUAGACCACCUACACCACCGUUGGAUUUAAACACCGGAAAACCCCCCAGAGAAUUCGAGUUUAAGAAAGAUAAACUUGCGUUUUUUGAUAAAGAAUGUUCUAGAAUUAUAGAUCACGUGUUUUUAGGGAGUGAUGCUGUUGCAAAAAACCGUGAUGUACUUCGGAAAAAUCAUAUCACACAUGUCUUGAAUUGUGUGGGUUUUGUGUGUCCGGAAUAUUUCAAAAAAGAUUUAGUCUACAAAACAUUGUGGCUUCAAGACAACCCGUCUGAGGAUAUCACUUCUAUUUUGUACGAUGUUUUUGACUACUUUGAGGAUGUCCGUGAGCAAAACGGCCGCGUUUUUGUGCAUUGUUGUCAAGGGGUGUCACGGUCAACAUCUUUGGUCAUAGCCUAUCUUAUGUGGAGAGAAGGCGAAAGCUUUGAGACCGCGUUUCAGCGCGUGAAAGCGGCUAGAGGCGUGACGAACCCCAACAUGGGGUUCGCGAGCCAGCUGUUACAGUGUCAAAAACGGGUUCAUGGUGUGCCGGUUAGCCCGAAUUCGGUUUUGAGGAUGUAUAGGAUUGCGCCGCACUCGUCUUAUGCGCCGCUUCAUUUGGUGCCGAAAUUGUUGGCGAGGCCGGGUGCUAUGGCGCUUGAUUCGCGUGGGGCGUUUAUUGUUAAUGUUCCGUCAGCUGUUUAUGUUUGGGUUGGGAAGAAGUGUGAUUCGUUGAUGUGUGAAAGUGCGAGGUUAGGUGCGUCACAGGUUAUAAGAUAUGAGAAGGCGAACGGGCCUGUGUUGACCGUUAAGGAAGGUGAAGAGCCGAGUGAGUUCUGGAAUGCAGUCGCUGAAGAUCAAGUAGGUAGAUGUGGAGUAGGUGAAAGGAAGGUUGUUGAUUACGACAUAGAUUUCGCGGUUUUUGAUAAGGCUGCGAAUAGCGGUGUGGUCCCGCCUUUUUCGGUGUCGGGGAAUGACUACGAGAUGUGUUUGCCAGCUAGGCGAAGCGGGUGGGAAAGGUUGAGAAGGAAGUUUGCUACUGGGAUCAUGAAGGAUUUGAUCGCACCAUCGAAAGAAACUUUAGCGCCUUCUGAUUCGCCGGAAAAUGGUGACUCUCAACCUCCAAAACAGUCCAAUACCAAUGGAUUUGCUUUCUCCUACGCUGGAAGUGUUGCGGGUAAGGAUCUUGAAGGCGAUAGAGACGACGAAUGGAAAGAUCGCGUCGAAAAAUGGAAAACCCGACAAGAAAAGAGAGGCCUCGUGACAAAAGCUGACGGUGGUGCAAGCGAUCCUGGCGAAGAAGACGAUUUUCUGAUGGCUGAAGCUAGGCAACCCUUAUGGAGAAAGCUCCCAAUCUCAUCAAGCUUGAUCAACCCGUACCGAAUCGUCAUCGUUGUACGUUUCGUGAUCCUCAUAUUCUUCUUCCGGUUUCGGAUCUUGACCCCGGCUUCCGAUGCUUACCCGCUAUGGCUCAUAUCCGUUAUCUGCGAAAUCUGGUUCGCAUUGUCCUGGAUACUUGACCAGUUCCCAAAAUGGUUCCCAAUCAACCGAGAAACCUACCUGGACCGCCUGUCCCUACGGUUCGAACGCGAGGGUGAACCCAACGGGCUUUUGCCAGUUGACUUCUUUGUGAGUUCGGUCGACCCGCUUAAGGAACCACCUAUUAUUACUGCAAACACGGUUCUGUCGAUCCUGUCAGUUGAUUAUCCGGUUGAGAAAGUGAGUUGUUAUGUGUCGGAUGAUGGCGCUUCUAUGUUACUGUUUGAUACAUUGUCGGAAACCGCUGAGUUUGCUCGACGAUGGGUUCCGUUCGCUAAGAAGUAUAGCAUCGAGCCGAGGGCACCGGAGUUUUAUUUCUCGGAGAAGAUUGAUUACUUGAAGGAUAAAGUGCAGCCUACGUUCGUAAAGGAUCGUAGAGCCAUGAAAAGAGAAUACGAGGAGUUUAAGGUGAGACUUAACGCAUUGGUGGCUAAAGCUAUGAAGAAGCCUGAAGAAGGUUGGGUCAUGCAAGACGGGACACCAUGGCCCGGUAAUGACAGUCGAGAUCACCCAGGAAUGAUUCAGGUUUAUCUAGGAAGUGGAGGUGCACUUGAUGUUGAAGGCAAGGAAUUACCGAAACUGGUUUACGUUUCGCGUGAAAAACGACCCGGUUAUAACCAUCACAAGAAAGCCGGAGCCAUGAACGCCCUUAUUCGAGUGUCGGCAGUGCUUACAAAUGCACCAUUCAUGCUCAAUCUGGAUUGUGAUCACUAUGUCAACAACAGUAAAGCUGUAAGAGAAGCUAUGUGCUUCUUAAUGGACCCACAGUUGGGUAAAAAGCUCUGUUACGUCCAGUUCCCGCAACGAUUCGACGGUAUAGAUCGCAACGAUCGUUAUGCUAAUCGCAAUGUCGUGUUCUUCGAUAUUAACAUGAGAGGACUUGACGGAAUCCAAGGCCCGGUGUAUGUCGGUACAGGAUGUGUCUUUAACCGACAGGCGUUAUACGGAUACGAUCCCCCGGUAUCGGAAAAAAGACCGAAGAUGACAUGUGAUUGCUGGCCUUCAUGGUGCUGUUGCUGCUGCUGUGGUGGGUCAAGGAAAAAGUCAAAGGAUAAGUCAAAGUCAAAGAAGAAAGGGCUAAAAGCUCUAUUUGGGUUGGGAAAAUUUGGAAGCAAAAAGAAGUACUCGAAAAAGUCGAUGACACCUGUUUAUGAUCUCGAGGGGAUUGAAGAAGGGCUCGAGGGUUACGACGAGUUGGAGAAGUCGUCGUUGAUGUCACAAAAGAAUUUUGAGAAACGGUUCGGGCAAUCUCCGGUUUUUAUAACUACAACUUUGAUGGAAAACGGUGGGAUUCCUGAAGGAACUAACAGUAAUUCUUUGAUUAAAGAAGCCAUUCAUGUUAUUAGCUGUGGAUAUGAAGAGAAAACUGAAUGGGGCAAAGAGAUUGGAUGGAUUUACGGAUCGAUCACAGAAGAUAUCCUGACAGGAUUCAAGAUGCAUUGUAGAGGAUGGAAAUCGGUUUACUGUAUGCCAAAAAGGGCCGCAUUCAAGGGGUCUGCACCGAUCAAUUUGUCCGACAGGUUGCACCAGGUGCUUCGAUGGGCUCUUGGUUCGGUUGAGAUUUUCAUGAGCCGACAUUGCCCCCUCUGGUACGCGUGGGCCGGGAAGCUGAAAACGCUCCAGAGGCUCGCGUACAUUAACACAAUCGUUUACCCUUUUACUUCAAUCCCGUUGCUUGCUUACUGUACCCUUCCGGCUGUUUGUCUACUUACUGGAAAAUUCAUCAUCCCAACGCUUAACAACCUUGCAAGCAUGUGGUUCCUUGCGCUUUUCAUUUCGAUUAUAAUGACGGCUGUGCUCGAGCUCAGGUGGAGCCACGUCAGCAUCCAAGAUCUGUGGAGAAACGAACAAUUUUGGGUGAUCGGUGGUGUCUCCGCCCAUCUUUUCGCCGUAUUUCAAGGUCUUCUAAAGGUUCUUGGCGGCGUUGACACCAGUUUCACCGUCACAUCAAAAGCAGCCGAUGAUGGUGAAUUCGGUGAACUAUACUUGUUCAAAUGGACAACACUUCUAAUCCCACCAACAACUUUAAUCAUCAUGAACAUUGUUGGUGUUGUGGCGGGAGUAUCUGGCGCGAUCAACAACGGGUAUGGGUCGUGGGGCCCGCUGUUUGGGAAGCUGUUCUUUGCAUUCUGGGUCAUUGUGCAUUUGUAUCCUUUCCUAAAGGGUUUGAUGGGAAGGCAAAACCGGACUCCGACUAUUGUUGUUUUGUGGUCGAUUCUUUUGGCGUCGAUCUUCUCGUUGGUUUGGGUUAGGAUUGACCCGUUCUUGCCAAAACAAUCGGGCCCGAUUCUUAAACAAUGUGGGGUGGAAUGCUAGAAGAUGGUUGAUUGUUGAAAGCUUGGUUGGGUGAUUUGACCAAAUGGUUUUGAAUUUUUGCAAUGAUUUGGAUACAAGAUCAUAAUGUAUGUUUGAAUUUUAUUAUACUUGUAUAUUUUGAAUCUAAAGAUCUUUUGUUUUUGGUUAUUUGAUAGUAUGUUAUAUUUA